CGAUCGUUCGUUCGUUCGUUCGUUCGUUCGUUCGGCUAGUUUUAUUUUUUUCGUUGGAACCGUCGCGAGAGUACUCGACAUUACGCUAUGUGACGGGAUAUCGCGGGGCACCGCAGUGUGUACCCCGUCGCCUCUUUCUCUCUUUCUCCUCCCCCCUUACGUAUAUUGUUCCCCUCUCGGAUCGACUCUCCCGUCGACUCGCCUCGCCGACGUACCCCGGAUCCCUCGCCCUUUGCCGAGACCUACCCCACCUCUCCCUUCUGUCUCCUCUCCACUAUCCCUGUCUCUUUCUCGCUCUUGCUCUUUUGCUCUCUCUUUCUCUCUCCUACCCUCCCCCGACCCAUCUUGUCCCUGUCCCUCUAGUCGUCCCUUGUUCGUCGUUCUGUCGUGGAAAGAGAGAAAGACGGAUUACCUCGUGAACGCGCGUACACGGCGACGAGGGGACCACGAGGGCCCCGUGGAAAAGCGUGCUUGGCGAAAAAAUGGAGUGCCCGCACCUUGGCCAAAGCGUGCGACUCGGCAAUGACGACGUAGACGCGGGCGGCUGUGCUCUAAAGGAUCUGCCGUUCGUCUGCGCAGUGUGCGGCACCGAGAAGAGUCCCUGGCUCUGUCUGCACUGCGGAGCCGUGCACUGCGGACGGUACGUGGCGGGCCACGCGCUGCAGCACUACGAGACUAAUACUCAGCACUGCGUGUGCAUAGACUGUGAGAACCUGGCAGUAUUCUGUUACACCUGCGACGAGUACGUGGUGAACGACACCACGAGCGGGCAGAUCGAGAAGAUACGGCGCGUCACCUUCCGCAAGGACGAGCACAAGGAGAAUGAGACGAGCUGGAACACGUCGCCGUCCACGACGCCGUCGUCGAGGCGCGACGAUGUCGGCCACGACAACGACGACCCGGACGCUCUGUGGAAGGCGGAGGUGGUCGUGAGGAACCUGCGGCCGAGGACCGCGCGCAAAAGGCUACACGCCCUGGACGCCAGUAGCGCGGACAAUCGACCGGCGACCAAGCGGCGCAGCUCCAAGAGUACCAAAGAGAAGAAGGUCGUCGGUCUGAGGAACCUCGGUAACACCUGCUUCAUGAACGUGGUGCUGCAGUCCUUCAACAACAUCAGCCACUUCUGCGAGUACCUCACGCAGAUGCCGUGCUUGGAGGGCAUCGCGUUCGACGAGGCGUCGUUGGAGCCGCCCACGCACCGGGGUCGCAUCGUCACGCCCGGUCGCGCCAAGGAGAUGUCCAUGAGCGACGCCCUGCUGGCCGAGGAGCUGAGAAAGGUACUGCUGGGCCUGAGCCUGGGCGGCUCCAACGGCCAGGCCAUAUCGCCCGAGUGCCUGUUCCUCGCUAUCUGGAAGGUCGUGCCGAGAUUUCGGGGCUAUCAGCAGCAGGACGCUCAUGAGUUUCUCACCUACAUGCUCGACCGACUGCACACCGAGCUGCUUCAGCUACUGCCCAGACUCGGCCACGAGCCUCUGGGCUUGCGCGGCAAACAGAGCAUCGUCACCGCCGUUUUCGGAGGCACCCUUCUAAGCGUGGUCCACUGCAUGAACUGCCGUACAGACUCGAAGACGCACGAGCCCUUCCAGGAUCUCUCGUUGGACAUACCGGACAGAUUGCAGAGACGGACGAAGGAGCAGGAGGAGGUGUGCAGUCUAACUUACAGUCUGACGAGAUUCUUCAAGGUCGAGGAGCUGGCUGACAGCGAGCUCUACUUCUGCGACAAUUGCAUGGGCAAGCAGAGGUCCACUAAGAGGUUCUGGAUACACAGGCUGCCUAAUGUGUUGUGCCUUCACAUUAAAAGAUUUAGGUGGUGUAAUUCCUAUCGCUCGAAGGUGGACACGCAGGUGGACUUUCCGAUGGAGUCCCUCGACAUGUCCGCGUUCACCGUGCGCGGCAUGACCGGGACGAGAUUGGGCGCUCAGAAUAGUCACCUUUACGACUUGGCUGCCGUUAUCGUGCACCAUGGCUCUGGCGCUGGUACCGGCCACUACACUGCCUUCGCUGUGCACGACGGCCAGUGGUUCCACUUUAACGACAGCUCCGUGCGACCGGCGAGUACCGAAUCUGUCGCAAAGUGCAAGCCUUACAUUCUAUUCUACGUGCGGAAGGAGUUCUCCAUUCCACCCCCCUUGUGACGUCGUUUCGCCGACAAGAAGCCGCGUCCCGGCGGUGAGAACCUCGAUGAUGAAAACGACGAAGGAGACGAAGAUGAUGACGAUAACGACGAUAACGACGAUGAAGUGGAGCGAACGAAAGAGAAUUGAGCGUACCGCGUUCCUCGCGAACGAAUCUUGAUCGCGGGGCGGAGCGAGCAGACAAAUAGGCAGAGGAACGGAAAAAUAGCGAGAGAGAGAGAGAGAGAGAGAGAGAGAGAGAGAGAGAGAAAGAAAGAGAGAGAGAGCCAAGAGAUCGCACUUCGAGUGCCGCUUCGAGAUUGGAAGAGAAAGAUUCGUCCGCUUAUCGCCUAUAUUAUUCUGAUAAAUGAUUGCUCACCGUUGCCAAAUCGUACAAUCUCGUAGAAGCGUUAUUUGUGUCCGUGUUCGCUAUCGCGUUUCGAUGACUCGCGACGAGGACGACCUUUGAAACGCGAUUGGAGUAACCAGUCGAAGAUGUAAUUGCGCCGCGCGCAUAAAAUCGCUCGAACGCGUUCCUCCUCGUGCUUUAUUAGGUAAUUAAAAUCGGGCGGAUCCCGAAUGAGAGCUCGACGUUCGCGAAGAAAUAGCGGACUGACUCGUGUACCACGAGUGAGAAAGAAAGAGAGAGAGAGAGAGUAAGAGAGGUAGAGGGAGAUCGACUAAUACGGCGCCCGAGCGUGCGUGUAUCGCGUUACAGAUCAUUUCCAUAAUCUUAUCCACAACGUCUUUUCUUUGUAUCGGGGAUGCUCCGUGGCCUCUCCGUCCUGUCGUUCGCCGCGAGUCGAACGGUGUUUCCUCGUUUCAGACUUUUGCAUUUCUGUCGCAUUACCAGGCGAGCGUCGUGUGCGUGUGCGUGUGCGUGUGUGUGUGUGUGUCUCUACGGUGAAUGCGCGCUUCUCCUCGGUUCCCUUCGUUUCUCAAUCAGAGGUCACGGUUUCUCCCCUUCUCCAUCGACUUGGUUCUCUCGCGCAGGAAGGCAAGCGAGCAAAUUCUAUAUUUUUCUAGCUGAGUAGUCGCGCGCGGGAUGGACGACGCGGAAGUCACGCCGAUCGUUCGGUCGACGCGCUCGAGCUGGCCUCGCGCAUCGCGCCCGACGAAGAUGCGGACGAGGAGGCGAGAGUGUGUCGCACGGUGUAUGAUUGACGUCGAGCACGCAUGCGUAUCGUGUCAAUGUACGUAGCACGCAUGCGGUCGCACGAGUACGUGGAGGCGCGCGAUUGUAUGCGAAGCGUGUAUAUCGCGGCGGGCGAACCUUCCCUUCCUUUCUCGGAGACGGCGAAAAGGGGAGAGAGAGGGAGAGAGAGGGGGAGAAGAGCGAGAGAAAGGAAGAUAGGUAGAGAGGAGGAGAUUGCGCGAGAGAAAGAGAGAGAGAGAGAGAGAGAGAGAGCGCUCGAGGUGGAUCGCGGAAACGCAUUGCCUUUAGCGUCGAUUUUCUUUACGCUCUUACUCGGCGGCCGUCGACCGCCCUACCCCCUCUCCCCUUUCCUCCUCUCCUCUCUCUCCCCUCCCUGGCCCCCGCCCCACGCUGCCCCCCGAUCGAAUCGAUUAAAGCCCUCCUCGGUAGCGGAAUAACGUGUAAUCGCGUUCCUCGUGUAGUCCUAAAACGCGAAAACGACUGGUCUUCUCGGUAGAUAGAUCUUUUUCUAGGCUUAGCGCGCGCACGCGCGCAGCAUCGUUGUUUCGAAGGAGCUGGAAAGCGCAAGUACACACCGUAUAGGGCCGACAGCGUUACUUCUCAAACGACUCAAGCCACCCUUCAUCCUUCCUGCCCCUUCACUUCGCGCCACUUUACCUCCUCGCUCACCUCGUUCGUCGUACCAUGCGUCCACGUAUGCUCACGCACGCGAACACGUACACACACACACACACACACACACACACACACACAUACACAUACGCGCGCACGCGUGCGUUUGCACGCAUCACACGCAUGCAUGCAUGUAUGUAUACAUAUACACGUGAUCCUCCGAUCCUUCUCCCCCUGUCCCUCUCCACCGUCUGCCCCUCCUCCCGAUCCGAUUUUGGAUAAAAUGUAUUUGCAAAUAGCGAAUGACGAUUUGGAAUAUGUAUCUGUAAAUGUAUAAUCAAGUCUAUAUAUAUAUAUAAAAUAUACGUUAACUAUCGUGCGUACCGUAUAUUUUAUAUACGCUAAAAUCACUUAUAAAUAGUUACUCGUUAUUCGCGGAUAUACUUUACUCAACACUGCUCCGAAGACCCUUUUCCACCGCCAGUCCUGAAAGACUCGACGACUCUUAUGUGAUUAUUUAAAGACUUAUUUUUUCUAUAAUGAUAACGAUAAUAAUGAUAAUAAGUUAAUGCGUAGCGAAGAAACGUUUUAUUAAGGCGAUAACUGCGAUAAUGCGCAUCUUCGGCAAAGACUUACUCAAGUAUGAAACAUGACGGAAGUAAGCGUGCAAACAAUAUUAUUGAGAACAAGUGAAAUAUGUACGAACGGCGAAUAAAUAAAGAACAUGAAUCGA